GUGACCCUCCCUGCUCCUGGGCGCCCCGGGCAGCGGCGGCGGCAGCGGCAGCGGCGCGACGGCCCUCGGCGGCGUCCCUGAGGGGACCGGGCGCCGACGGAGGCGGGGAUUAGCCCCGAGCUUGCGACGGCUGCGGGUGUCGGGCCGGUCCCUCGGCGGGCCCCGCUGCCGCGCCUCCUGGGUCCUCCUCAGAACGCCGCCGGGCCCGAGAAGAAGCUGAAUAACCGGUGUUGGACUUACUAGCUUUGUUCCUGCCACACCCACGCCACUUGCUCUGGCAUCCCCCCCGCACACAGCGCCAGGUGCUGCAUGUGAUACCAGGAUAAAUUCAUGCAUGGUACCCGAGUGCUUCCUGAUGAGAGGGAGAGAAGGACCCCAAUUUGGAUGAUAGAAAUGUUUGAACAUUUAAUAAAGCCCUACUGAUCCAGCUGAAAAUGUGUAUCUAAAAUGCAAGUUCACCUUAGCAGAAACCUUCAAACGGCCUUCCCUUGUCCUCUAAAAUUGGAUCAUGAAGGUAUUGGAAAAAAACUACUUCUGGAUGUUGCUUCCACUGCUUCGUUUGAUAGCAGAUGCUGCAGAACACGAAGAGGUAGCAAAACAUGCCAUCAAGUUACACCGAGGCAGAGGAGCGGCCAUCGCUCAGAGGAAGCAGUGGGUCCUGGACAGUUGCAGAAAGCUCUCUGGGCUUCUUCGCCAAAAGGCUGUGGUUCUUAACAAACUGAAUAGUGCAAUCAGAGCAGUGGAAAAAGAUGUUAGCCUGUCAGAUGAAGAGAAACUGUUUCAGGUGCACACAUUUGAAAUUUUCCAGAAGGAGCUGAAUGAAAGUGAAAACUCAGUGUUCCAGGCGAUCUAUGGACUGCAACGAGCCCUGCAGGGAGACUACAGAGAUGUUGUGAACAUGAAGGAGAGCAGCAGGCAGCGCCUGGAGGCCCUGAGGGAGGCUGCGAUAAAGGAAGAGACAGAAUAUGUGGAACUUCUGGCAGCAGAAAAACAUCAAGUUGAAGCUCUCAAAAAUAUGCAACAUCAAAACAAAAGUUUAUCCAUUCUUGAUGAAAUUCUUGAAGAUGUGAGAAAGGCAGCUGAUCGUCUAGAGGAGGAAAUAGAAGAACAUGCUUUUGAUGACAAUAAAUCAGUGAAAGGGGUCAAUUUUGAGGCAGUUCUCAGAGUGGAAGAAGAAGAGGCCAAUUCUAAGCAAAACUUCACAAAGCGGGAAGUGGAGGAUGAUUUGGGUCUUAGCAUGCUCAUUGACUCCCAGAACAACCGGUACAUCUUGACCAAACCCAGAGAUGCCACAAUUCCACGCGCAGAUCACCACUUCCUAAAGGACAUUGUUACCAUAGGAAUGCUAUCUUUACCUUGUGGCUGGCUGUGUACAACCAUAGGGUUGCCUACAAUGUUUGGGUAUAUUAUUUGUGGUGUUCUUCUGGGGCCUUCGGGACUGAACAGUAUUAAGUCUGUUGUGCAGGUGGAGACCUUGGGAGAGGUCGGUGUGUUCUUUACUCUGUUCCUUGUUGGCCUGGAGUUCUCCCCAGAACGGCUGAGAAAGGUGUGGAAGAUAGCCUUGCAAGGACCAUGUUACAUGACACUGUUAAUGAUCGCAUUUGGCUUGUUGUGGGGACACCUUUUACAAAUCAGACCCACUCAGAGUGUCUUCAUUUCUACUUGCUUGUCCUUAUCAAGCACACCCUUAGUGUCCAGAUUCCUCAUGGGCAGUGCCCGGGGUGAAAAAGAAGCAGGUGACAUUGACUACAGUGCAGUGCUGCUUGGGAUGCUUGUAGUCCAGGACGUGCAGCUGGGCUUAUUCAUAGCUGGGAUGCCCACCCUCAUCCAAGCCGGAGCCGGUACCUAUUCCAGCAUCAUCAUGGAGACUCUGCGGAUACUGGCUUUGGUUGGCCAGAUUCUCUUCUCGCUGGCUGCUGCUUUUCUUCUGUGUCUUGUUAUAAAGACUUACCUCAUUGGACCGUAUUAUCGGAAACUGCAUGUGGAAAGCAAAGGGAACAAAGAAAUCCUUAUCUUAGGAAUCUCUGCUUUCAUCUUUUUAAUGUUAAUGGUCACGGAGCUGCUGGACAUCUCCAUGGAGCUGGGCUGCUUCCUGGCUGGGGCACUCAUCUCUUCCCAAGGCCACAUGGUCACCGAGGAGGUCAUGUCUUACAUCGAGCCCAUCCGUGACUUCCUGGUUAUCAUCUUCUUUGCAUCCAUAGGCCUUCACGUGUUCCCCACUUUCGUGGUGUAUGAGCUCACCGUCCUGAUGGUCCUCACUCUGUCGGUGGUGAUCAUGAAGUUUGCUCUGGCAGCCCUGGUCUUGUCUCUCCUCCUGCCGAAGAGCAGUCAGUACGUCAAGUGGAUCGUGGCUGCAGGGCUGGCACAGGUCAGCGAGCUCUCUUUUGUCCUGGGGAGCAGAGCGCGCCGAGCUGGCAUCAUCUCUCGGGAGGUGUACCUCCUAAUCCUGAGUGUGACCACACUCAGCCUCCUGCUGGCCCCAGUGCUGUGGAGAGCCGCAAUCAUGAGGUGUGUGCCUCGACCAGAGAGACGGUUAAGUCUCUGAGGGCACCGACCAACAGGGAUACACGGCUUCAGAAAGUGAGACCUGUGUGCGGAACGCAGAAGCUUGGGACACGUACAUGACUGCACAUCCCUGCGAGCCCUUUGCCUUGGGGACAAAGCACACCAUUGAAGGGAUUCCCUGUCUGCCCAGUGAUGACUUUUACUGCCAUAGUUUCGGGUCUUCCAGAGUAAUUUAUUGCAUUCAUUUGAUCCUGCACAGUUUAAACAUAAUGCUGCAUUUUACAGAUCACCUUGACUGUUUUGCCUAGAUGUGCCUUUUUUCUGAAGUUAAUGUUAGCUCUCUAUUGUUACUUCAUCAGUUCAUUAUUUUUUGGUAAAAAAAAAAAAUCCGAAGGAUUUUUUAUUUAUUCAACUUCUGUAUUAUAAGCUGUUGGUCAAUAUUUGUCAUUAAACAUUUCUGUGAGGUGAAAUUUAAAUUCUGGCAGUGAAAUCGGAAAGUUACUUAGUCAUUACUGUCUGUUUUCUAAAAUGACAAAUGUCUUCUAAAUGUCUAUUUGUUUUUAUUAUAAUAAUUUUAAAUAAAACUCAUGUUGAUUUUUAUUAGAUAUGUCAUUCUUUUAAAAUAUUUGUUUUGAAUCAUAAGACUAUGCAUGCUUUAAUAAAGAUCAUGUAUGAUAAGAGGAA